GUGCCACAGGGACACGGGACAGGGACACGGGACAGGAGGGACCGGGGUCACCCGAUGGAGAAUAAAGAAGUGCCCGGCACUGAGAGGAGCCUGGAGUGGAAUGCAAGAAAAAUGACUUUACUGGCGCUCAUCCUCCUGCUCGCCUUGCUCCCAGCUGAAGCUGUGAGAAGCAGACACCCCCCCAAGGCAUCCAUCUCCAGCCCCGUGUUCGGCCCACGGCAGGUCCACGGCGUGCUCGGCGGAUCCGUCACCGUGCGGUGUUUUUAUCCGCCCACACCAACCAACAAACAGGACAGGAAAUACUUUUGCAAAAUGUUGGGCUCCAUCUGCGACACGGUGGUGACCACGAGCUUCGUCAAGCCCCAGUACCAGGGCAAAGUGUCCCUCACUGACCACCCCRACGCCGAGAGCUUCCAGGUCAACAUCUCGGCGCUGGUGCCGGACGACGCUGGCACCUACCAGUGCGGGAUUGGGGUCAACGGCCGAGGGCUGUCCCACCAAGUCAUUCUCAGUGUUGCUGAAGCCCCGCCCGUCCCUGAGCCUGCCGAGCUCUUCUACGUGAAACUCCGCAGCACUUGGACCGUGUCCUGCAGCUUCGGGCCCGAAACCGCCAACUGGAGGAGAUACCUGUGCAAGAAGGAGAAGGACGGCUGCCGGAACAUCGCCGACAGCCACCAGAACAUCGAUCAGGAUUUCACAGGGAGGGUYCUGCUGACCUUUGAGGGGUCUCCGGGCUCGUUCAGCGUCACAAUGACGCAGAUGGACUGGGGUGACACUGGCUUGUACUACUGUGGGGCCGGGGAGUACGGCAAGGACGGAAAAUCGAAGGAACUGGAUGUCUUUGUCCAUGAGGACAAAAACUUCCCUCAGCUAAAGACCGCGGUCAUCGGAAAAAAUGGAAGCUCAGCGACUUUCGAGUGCCUCUACGAACCUCUGCGGAGAUCCUCCAGCAGGAUCUGGUGCAAGUGGAGACCUCAGGGCUGUGAGAAAAUCAUCGACAACGCCGGCUACGUGUCGCCCAAGUACCUGGGGAGAGUGGCCAUGUUYGAGAACCAAGCCAACAAAACCCUCACCAUCGUGCUGAACCAGCUGCGCCCCAAGGACCAGGGAUACUACUGGUGCAUGUCCAACGAGCUGAAGGAGCAGCAAUCAUCCACGGAGCUCAAGGUGGUGGAAGGAGAGCCUUCACUGAAGGYAGAGAACACAGUGCAGGCRCAAGYGGGCUCCARGGUGGAAUUAACCUGCUCUUACCCYUGCAAAUACUACUCCUUCGACAAAUACUGGUGCAAGUGGAACGAGACUGGCUGCCCCAAGGUGCCAGCCCAGGAGCAGAGGCCAGCAGGGCCCGAGGCCACSUGCAGCACAUCCAACAGGACCAUGGUGCUGAGCUUUGACCCGGUGACGGAGCAAGACGAGGGCUGGUAYUGGUGCGGGGUGAAGCGUAAUGGGAUCUUCGGAGAGAGCGUGGCCGUGGAGCUGCAGGUGACCACAGGGAGCGAUGCCAAGCACAGCCCAGAGCUCCUGGACGUUGAUUCCAGCUCAGAAUCCGGAGCUGUUCCCCCAGGAGGAGCCUACAACGACGCUGAGGUGCGAAAAGGAGCUGCCCCAGAAAGCUCUGAUGAAAGCCGUGGCUCCAACACUCUGGCCUUGGUGCUGGGCCCUCUGGCUGGCCUGAUCCUGAUCGCUGUGACAGCUUUUGCCAUCUUCAAAUACCGGCAGCUGAAGAGAUCUGACCUGGUGUCCGUGGGGAGCUACAGGACCAACAUCAGCAUGUCAGACUUUGAGAGCGCCMGGGACUACAGCGCCAGCAACAACGGCUACAGCGUACGGGACAGCCUGGAGACCCCCGCAGGAGGGGACGAGUUCAUCACCACCUCGGGCAUUGCGGAAAGCGCCGCCGAUGCAAAGAAGGUGAAAAGGAGCUCCAGRGAGGGUGCUGACCUCGUCACCUCGGACAGUGUCACCCAGGACAGCCCCGUUGGGGACGUGUCCCCUGCCCAGGACCAGCUCUGAGGAUCACAACRUCAGCGAGCAGCUCUGUUCAUUGCUCACACAAUUUACUGUGGCUUGACCUUUUUUUUUUUUUUUGCUUAAAUUCCGCUUGGAGUGGUGAUUGAGGAGGAAUGGUUUGAGGCUGAAAAGGGCUGGGGUGGAAGUGCCAAUCUGAGUGAGGAGGUUGGGCUGGGGGACAGCAGGAACUCGAGGGGCUCAUCCCACCCACAGCCCCAGCACAGUGGGCUCUCACAGGUCACAAGGAGCAUUGUAAAAUUAAAAUUAAAAAAAAAAAAAUCCCAUUUUCUUUAAAAGGCACCUGAAAAAUCCUUUAGAAGCUCUUUUAGCUUUUGAUUCCUCUAAGCUUUCCCGACCUGAGGGCAGCACCUGCAGGCCAGACAGGGCUGGAGUGUUUGAUUGCAAGA